GGCGCCAUGUUGGAGCGUCGCUGAGCGCGGGGUCUCGCUGUGAGCGCGGCCCGGUCUGCGCGGGACUGGGGCGGGGGAGCCGCGCGGAGCCGCGGGGGAAUCGCCCGGGCGGAUCAUGGACGUCGAGAGGCUGCAGGAGGCUCUGAAAGAUUUUGAGAAGAGAGGAAAGAAGGAAGUGUGUCCAAUACUGGAUCAGUUUCUUUGUCAUGUUGCUAAGACUGGAGAAACGAUGGUUCAGUGGUCUCAGUUUAAAGGUUAUUUUAUUUUCAAACUGGAGAAAGUCAUGGAUGAUUUCAGAACCUCAGCUCCUGAACCAAGAGGGCCACCCAAUCCAAACGUGGAAUAUAUUCCCUUUGAAGAGAUGAAAGAAAGAAUCCUGAAAAUCGUCACUGGAUUUAAUGGCAUCCCCUUCACUAUCCAGCGACUCUGUGAGUUGCUGACAGAUCCUAGGAGGAAUUACACAGGAACAGACAAAUUUCUAAGAGGUGUGGAAAAGAAUGUCAUGGUUGUCAGCUGUGUAUAUCCAUCUUCAGAGAAAAAUAAUUCCAGUAGUUUAAAUCGGAUGAAUGGUGUUAUGUUCCCCGGAAAUUCACCAGGGUACUCUGACAGAUCGAAUGUGAAUGGCCCUGGGACCCCCAGACCUGUGAGUCGGACGAAGGUUUCGUUGUCAUCUCCCAUGACAACCAACGGUUUGCCAGACAGCACGGAGCAUAAAGAGCCCAGCUUGCAGCAAACAGAGGAGAAGAAACACAGUGAAUCACCAGCGUCUGAAUCAGAAGGUGCUCAGAGCAGCCCGGUGAAAAAUAAGCACUCUGAGGAUGAUCCUGCAGAAGCAGAGGGACAUGAGGUAAAAAGACUUAAAUUUGACAAGGAAGGGGAAGCCAGAGAUGCACCAAACCAAACUGCCUCCAGUGAAGUCUCUUCAGGCAUGGGGGAAGAGACAGAAGCAUCCUCUACAUCUCAGGAGAAAGAAAAAGAUGCUACCUGUGCCAGACAGCACUGUACAGAGAAAGAGGAGGAAGAGUCCUUCAUGUCUCCCAGAAACGUUGGUCCGGACAGAAAAGACCAGGACAAAGACAGUGACUCCUCGAGUGUGGCUGAAGAGAGCUCUGAGGAGAGCAAUCAGAUGGAGGAGUCUGACCAGGCGCAGGCAGAGAAGGAUUCGCACUCGGCUGACACUGACAUCAGUGCAUCUGCCACCGGCGGAGCUGAGAGCAGUGACGCGGGAGAGCUGGGGUCCUACGCCACUGAAACUCCAGAAGACUCCUCAGAGAGCCCCAUGGAAAACAGUGAUGAAGCCACAGAAGCUGCAGAUGAACCUAUGGAGCAAGACUAAUUUAAAUAAACUUAGAGGCAGUAUUUUCCAUAAGGCUCCGGUUUUACACUGUAUAAAUAAUUUUAUGUAAUAAAGUGGACCUUUAGUUUUACAAAAAGAAGCAGGUUGUAAAAUAAACUUCUCCAUGGAUUGAACCUUGAAAGAGUUGUACGUGAUAAGAACUGUGAAUACCAGCUCCUUCAGGUCCUGCUUACCGCUGAACUUUCGUUUGGUCAAAUCAGUGGUUUGUGUAUAGUUUUUUUUAUUUAGAAUAAAAGUUUUUAAACUGGAAGGUAAUUAUAAUUUUGACAACUUUUUUGGAGAUCACCACACCUAGUUGUAUGUAAGCAAGAAAGCUUUUUGUCUUUGUCUUUUUCUGACAGCUCUAGCAGUUCCUUCAUAUUUUGGUUACAGUUUCAACAUUUGACAUGUGAAAUUCGGGGUUUCAGGCUGGUUUCUGGAUUUUUAUUUAAAUACACACCAAGAAACCUUCUGUUGUGUGUUUCAAAUGCGUUCCAUUUCACACACACGUCUCACACAGCAUGCACACCUCCGUGUACCCUCGCUGUUCUAAGGGGGAAAGGGUAUAUUUUUCUGUUUCUAUAAAAGAUAAAUACAGCAAAUACUUUUUCUAUAGGGAAAGACUGAGUUCACCUCUCAAGGCACUUUGCUUUGCCUCUGGAGAAACAAACCACAUGAAAUCUGGCCCGUAUGAAACCCUGGAAGUACUACCAUUGUUGAAAACACCAGAGUAAACACAUUCCGAGAGAACUGUUCCAAUGACAACAUUUUUGUAUACUUCUGAGGUGCCUGAGCGAAAGGAGUUCAUUUAUUUAUGAGAAAAUGUGCUUUUACCUUGAGAACGUUGUAAUCAAAACGUUAGCUUGAACUUUCGUAGAAGAAAUGUUUGAAAAUAAAACACCUUGGAAGAAACGAGCGGGUGCUUGCCUUGUUGAGUGCUUCUUGGAGCUCGUGAAUAUUGUCCAGAAGUGUCAGAGUUCCUCCAAGGUUUGCAGGUGGCAUCGGGCCCAUCACAGCACUGCAGGGGAAGGAUGGAGACGUGGCCCUGGUCACGUUCCUGAGCUCUACAAGGGUUAGGGGUGCAGAGGAAUCACCACGAUUUGUAUAACAUUUUGGAAGCGAACUAAGUAUUUUUGAACGUGCUACUUUGACAGCCAGUGUUACAUUUUUUUUCCAACCAGCUCAAAGCACAAACUACUGCUUUAAACUCGAUGUUUUCCAGUUCCCAUAUUUAAAAGACAUGCAAGCUGCAACCUCCCAGUCACGACUACUGGCUGCCAAAUUUAUACCUGUUUCUUCAACUGUACCUUUUUGAUAUUUAGGAUUUUUAAAUUUCUGUAAAGUAGAUUUUUUGUAGAUUGUAAUGAGUGCUCACUGCCAUUGUGAAACGGUAUAUAAUUGUAUAAUUUCUGUGUGUAAACUGAAUGCUUGGGCUUUCAAUACAGUAUUCAUAUAAAGCAAUAAAUAUUAAUGUUAUGAAA